AUGAGUUGUUGCUCGAAAAAUUCUAUAAAAGUAGAAAUACCAGAAAAAAAAACACUUGAACACACACAAAAUGACAGCAAUAUAAAAAGUGACAAUCAUGACGAUAUUCCAGUGUCUACUGUUACAUUAAAUGAUGGAUCUGUUUAUACAGGCACUACUCUAGAUGAUAAGCUUCAUGGAAGGGGUAUUUUAAGAUAUGCAAAUGGAGAUAUAUAUGAAGGUGAAUUUGUUGAAGGAAAAAAAGAAGGUAAGGGAAUAUGGUCUGAUAAAGAGGGAAAUAGCUAUGAUGGGUUUUGGAAAAAUGACAAAAAGCAUGGAGAAGGAAUUUAUAAAACACAUGAUGGUUUAAUAUUUGAAGGAUGUUUUAAUAAUAAUAAAAAGCAAGGGAAAGGAACAAUUACAACUCCCGAAAAAACAAAAUAUAUAUGUACUUUUGAAGAUGACGUAGAAAAAGGAGAAGCAGAAUUUUUUUUUUCUAAUGGAGACCAUGCUUGGGGAUAUAUAAAAGAUGGAAAUUUAGAAGGAAAUGGAAGAUAUGAAUUUAAAAAUGGAGAUUUAUAUGUUGGGAAUUUUAAAAAUGGAUUAUUUCACGGAAAAGGUUAUUAUAAAUGGAAUAAUAACUCCUCUUAUCAAAUUUAUGAAGGUGAUUAUAUUGAAGGAAAAAAGCAUGGAAAUGGGCAAAUUAUAAAUGUAGAUGGAAGGAUAUUACGUGGAAAAUUUGUGAAUAAUAAUUUACAUGGAGAAAUAUUAGAAAUUAGUCCUCAAGGAAAUCAAGUAAGAGUUUUAUUUGAUAACGGAAAAUAUGUUAAGAUUAUUGAUAAAAUUAAGGAAAAAUUGAAUGUAAAAGAAAUUAUGGAAGAAUCUGUUAUUAAUACCACUAUUUUUUCAAAUCCUGAAUGUUAUAAAAAAAUUUAUGAGAUCGAACAAAGAAAUAAAGCUAAACUUAGAAUUCAAAUAAAAAAAUCUAAAGAUAAAAAAGAAUCUUUACCAAGAAUGUGA